AUGAUGCACGCAGAGAAACGACUUGAUCUGUCAAUGCCAGCAGGGGCAGGGGCUCGAGUGAAACGCAACAGAAAUAUUCUCAUAUCAAUAAUUACUUGCCUCGAACUUUGUGGAAGACAAGGUACUGCUUUGAGAGCACAUCGUGAUAACUCAACUUUCGACGGGCUAGACCUAGGUAAAUUCAAUGCUUUUGUGGACUUUCGCAGUGAUUCUGGGGAUACCGUUCUAAGAGAGCAUAUGGAAUCAUGCAGUAGCCGAGCCAGUUAUAUGUCAAAAACCACUCAAAAUGCACUUCUCGACUCAAUGGGUGAAGUCGUUCUCAAGUCUAUUAUUGACGAUGUGAAAGCCAGUUGGUAUUAUGUCAUUUUAGCUGAUAAGGUUACAGACACAUCUGGCUGGGAGCAGCUCGGCGUUGCUCUUUGCUUUGCUAGGAAUGGAAAGCCUUGUGAAUUGCUAGUCAAGUUUGUAUCGUGUGAGAAGGUUCGAGGCAAAGACAUCUGUACUGCAUUGCUACAUACUCUGCAGGAAUUAGGACUCGAUGCCGGUCUCUGUCGAGGCCAAAGCUACGGCGGUGCUGGCAAUAUGUCUAGUGCGUUUAGUGGAUGCCAGGCGAAGUUCAGACAGUCUUCACCUCAUGCUCCUUAUUAUCACUACAGCAGUCACCAGCUAAAUCUUGCUCUAUCGAAGUCUUCCACGUUACCUGAAAUUUAUGGAAUGGUCUGCACACUGAAGUCACUUGGAAUCUUUUUCAAGUUCUCACCAAAAGGUAAUCGUGCACUUGAACAGUCUAAUGAACGUGUGAACGAGGCGAGAAAAGCUGUCAACAAGCCACAAGUCACAAAACAAAGUUUAAGAUAUUGUGUGACACCCUCUAACAGUGAUAAACAGUGGGACGUCAAAGCAAUAACUGAGGCGAACGGGCAGCUGAAAACAAUUUCGUCAUCACAAUUCAUAGCUGCUUUCCGGACAAACAACUUCUUCUUUGGUUUUACCAAGUCACUCAGCGUGCAAUUGCAAGGCUCCAGCCAAGACGUUUUGGAUGCCUAUCGUGAGAUCGAAGUAGUGAAGGCUACCCUCGAGGAUGAACGUAGAAAGGUUGACGAAGCGUUCAAACGCCCGUAUCAGAAAAUGUGUGAAUUGGCAAGACUGGCUGGAAUUGCCCGCGAGAAACAUCAGACGAGUAUUAGAAUAAAAAUUGCAGAACUGGAAUGCCGAUUUUCAGCUGUACCAAGUAGUGCAAUUCAAGGUCUUCUUCUUGUACCAUCACACCCAUCGGCUCUAACAGACGAGAAAGUAGACGAGGUUUCUACAACUUUCUGCUUCGAUUUGCCAUCACCUCAGACGUUUCCUCGAGAAAUCCAACUAUGGAAGCAAAAGUGGAGUAUUGAAAAAGCCGCAGACACAAAACUACCAGCAACCUUGACGAUGGCCUUUCAAGAAGCCACUACAGUAAGAUUUCCUAACAUACACAGGAUUAUAACCAUUCUUCCGGUGGCACCGGUUACAACCGCCACGGUAGAACGAAGCAAUUCUGCUCUGGCGUAUAUCAAAACAGAAUUACGCAGCACAAUGAGCAACAAUCGCCUCAACGACUUGGUUUUGCUAUUUGUUAAUAAGGAUAUUCCGUUAGACUACAACGCAGUAGUUGAUUUGUUUAUUUUCAAGCAUCCAAGGAGAAUGCUGCUCGUUAAUCCUCUUGAAUAG